AGCUACUCUUUUACUCUUUUCUUUCUCCAUCUCUCACCCGUUUCUCUCAAACUCUAUGUACGAUAACCUAAUGGGAUUCUCCGGCAAGACUCACCACCACUUGGACAGCAAACUUGGCGAAACAACGGAAGGGAAGAAAUGGGUCAUCACCGAAAUCUCCUUACGUUCUUCUCCGAUGAAGCCGACGAUUAGCUUCCCUUCUUCUGACUUGGCCAACACGGAAGACGAAGGUCUCUUGUGUCCAAAGACUCCAACUGCGGCUUCCGUUAGAAUACCUAAGGUGUUCACGUGUCCUCCGGCGCCUAAGAAGCGGAAACUGUCGUUGAAGUUUAGCUACGGCGCCGGCGGCGGCUCUAAAAAGUUCUUCUCUCCACCGGAUCUUGAAACCGUCUUCAUACAAAGAACUACUUAACUCUGACUUCUGUAAUCUCUCUUCUUAAAAAGAUAAAAAGUUUCUUAAAAUUAGCCUUUUAUUCUUAAAGUGUUGCUUCGUUAUUUUCAUUUUUACACUGAGAUAUAAAAUUGUUAGGAGUCUGGACUCCGGAGGUUAUAGUGAGCUUUUGAUGUUCAUGUUUAACUUUUAUUCCAGUAAAAUUGAUUAAUACAUAAUUUAACUUUCUUGAUA